AUGUGCACGCUAGAGAAGCGAGGCAACAUCUUCAUCCUAACCCUAACCGGCAACGAUGAGCACCGGUUAAACCCUACCCUAAUCGACUCCAUCAGAGCCGCUCUCCAGCGAGUCCGAUCCCAAGCGAAUGGUCCAUCAGCUCUAAUCACCACGGCGCAAGGCAAAUUCUUCUCCAAUGGCUACGACCUCGCAUGGGCCCUAUCCGACAAAUCUCGCCUCAAAUUCAUGUCCUCCAAGCUCCGAUCUCUCGUCUCCGACCUAAUCACACUUCCGAUGCCCACCAUAGCCGCCGUCACCGGCCACGCCUCCGCCGCUGGCUUCGUUUUGGCUCUGAGCCACGACUACAUUCUAAUGCGCAAAAAUAGAGGGUUUCUCUACAUGAGUGAGCUAGAUAUUGGGUAUAAAGUUCCGGCUUGGUUCAUGGUUCUGUUGAAGUGCAAGGCCGGGUCGCCGGCGGCUUGGCGGGAGGUGGUGUUGAAGGCGGCUAAGUUGAGGGCUGAUGUGGCGGUUGAGAUGGGAAUUGUUGAUUCGGCACAUGAUAACCCGGCUGAGACGGUGGUGGCUGCGGUGAAGUUGGGGGAGGAUCUGGUGUUGAGGAAGUGGGAUGGACAUGUUUAUGGUGAGAAUAGGAAGACUAUGCUUGCUGACGUGUUGGCUAAGCUUGGUUUUGAUGAGACUGUGGAGGUUGGUGACAAUGAGACUCCUCCUUCUACGACCAAACAUGUCUCGAGACUUUGA